UUCUGUUUAUACAUUCCAGUUAGCACAAAACCCGAAAUCUGGGUCAACUAUACCUGCUGCGGAAAAGAAGACAGAUAUAGAACUCGGCUCUCCGCCUCUGGGACUUUUCUGGAUUUGGAAAGGGGAAGAGGUUGUCUCUGCCUGCAGAAAAGGUACUAGAAAUGAUUGUUUAAGACAUCGUGUGAGUUGGAAGACUGGGGUGGUGAUGGAGCACCGAGAUGUGCAAUGGGCCUGGCUGCACAUUAUCAUCUGUUCCAGCAUCAUCCAAGCCAUGACAGUAUCUCCUCCUGCCAAAGGUGAUUCAUCAUCUGGUAACAAUACAAUUUACAUUUAUUCCACCAAAGCUGUCCACGAUGGGAACUCAGAUCCUCCAAGAGGCACUUCCAGCCUCUCUCCACAAUCCUCGCCUGAGAUCUCCACCAAAGUCUCCACUCAUGAUGAACUUGACCCACCUAUCCACUCGGGAAUGUUCCCUUCACACCUGAGUGUGUCAUCGAGGGAAAAUUCCACCGACUUUAGUGGUGAUGAUGAGGAUCUGGUUUUUGAUGAUGAGGAUAUGGAUGGAGAGGAUAAUAGUGAUAUUGAACAAGUCAAGCAGGACGCUUUUGAAUCUGAACCAUUUAUUUUAGGGAAUGGAUCUGUUCCAUUAGUCAUACCUGCCGAGACAAAUUCCACUUCUGACUAUUCUUUGUUGAAGCUAUUUAACAGUACUGCAGUUUACAAGUCAACCCAGUCCCAUCAAAACCACAAAAAUCCUCAAGGCAAUGAAAGAGUGCAUGAUACCUCUUUUCCCCAAGAUUCCACAGCAACAUUUCCGAAUGAUGAUUUAUUCUUUGAGGUCACCUCUCACCACAUGACACUUCCAAACACUGAAACUGUGCAAACGACACCAAGACCUCUUGUUACUCUGGAAAAUGUGAAUCCGACAUUGACCUCAGAUCAUUUGGUGACUGAAAAACAACACUUUAUCACUAUUUCCUAUGCCUCAGUGGGAGAGGAAAAGCCUGUUCUGGAAAUUGAAGGGAAUCAUAAUCAAAUGUUGACUCCAUCGGUUACUGAGCCUUCUGCAAAAUGGGAUCAGAUUUUCAUUUCAAAGAAACUGGGUGAGAAUCGCAUGACUCCUGCACCCAUGCGUUCUGCUUCUCCUUUGAUCACAGGGUCUAGUUAUUCUGCAAUGAUGAGUGAAAAGUUAUUAAUAGUCAGCCAAUCCACUGUUGGGUUUCCUGAACAAUAUCAGACAGAUGCGUUCAAUGGAACUGACGCUGUAGCAACUGGUGUCCAGUCCAAUGCCCAACAUGCUGCCAAUAGUGCAGAACACCUGAAUUUGCCAACAGCUUCUGCAUCUGAGAAGCUGGUGUCCGGGGCAAAGUGGCAAACUACUGAUCGAGCAUAUCCAAGUGUGAAGAUCCUUGGAACUGCAGACAGGCUGUCUACACCGCAAUGGGUUAGAACGCCAGUGUAUGAUACUGGCAAGUUCUUACCUGCCCAGCAAACCACUCAUGCAUAUUUCACUUCAGAACAAGGAUAUGAUAUCUACACCAAUCCAGCUGACAACACAACAACAGUCAUUGAGAUGCUGGAAGAUCCGCAGUUCCUCAAUGGUCAACCAACUAAUAUUAAUCAGGGUUCUACAAUGAGGGGUACCUCUCCCAAUGCAAUGGUUACCAUCUCUCCAACAGCAAAGAGGCAGCAUCUGACCAUGAAAGGAAAUAGAAGUGGAAUGUCAUCAACUGAGCCAACCAGAGCAGUCACUACGACUUACUUCUCACCAUUAACUACAUGGAGACAUGGCCCAUUAAGAGAAGCCAACUCUGCUGUUGAAUCGGCCACAACGUUAAGAACGGCGUACGCACCAAGUGGCCACUACAUAGCAAUGCUAAAGACAAGACCUACUGCCCUCGCACAGUGGCUGACAGCAAAAGUCUCAAACAAAGCAAACGUUUCUGUGACCCAGCCACCUCCAAGACAGGAAGGGCUUGUAACCAAGUUGAUGAGCACCACUCUAAGUCUGCCUCGGGCAACAACAAAAGGCCCUCCUCCUGGUUCCCGUCCUACAAAGGCGUCUGAAGUAGGGACAACAACUAAGGGAGGUCCUGUUAAACCGGAUGUUACACCUUCCUUUAAUGGUAUUGUGACAGAAAGGACAUCUCCAUCAGCUACUAGAACACCUGGAUUCCAUUACAAUCUCAUGACAACCGUGACGGGCAGCCAAUCAGGGAAUGACACACAAACACCGACCAUGAAAAUAGCAUCCAAUACUUCGACUGGUGUCAACACAACUUCUCCCAAAGAACAGGACACUCACGAUGGGCCAGGACGGAAAAGGAUUAUGCCCAUCAAUGCUCAAAAGCCAAAUAACACCACAGACUCCAAAAUGGCUAUUGGCAACCGUUCAGAUAAAAUUAGCUCCUAUUUCGAACUGUGCCCCACACAAGAUAGGGACUGUGCCUCCAAUAAAACAUUCACUCAGUGGAAAGAUAUGAAACGGACUUUGGGAUUUGCUUGGGAAAUGCACAUUUAUGGGGCAGGAGUACUCUUUGUUAUCCUCAUGGUGAUAUCACUUAUUAAUUUAAUUGGCUCUCCUAUUUUGUACAUUCCAGACCUUCGCUAUCUCAUGGCAGCUAAUGCCAUGCUAUUUGUAUUGGCCUUCUUAAGAGCACUGUACUUGUUCCUUGAUCCAUAUGGCAGCAAACUCAAACUUCCCCUGAUAGGUGGUAUGAUGUUGUAUAAUAUCACAUUUCCCCUCCUUGUCACUACCUUUGGCAUUCUCACACUGCUGUUACUGAAGAUAGGGAGUCUUCAAAUGCUCUCCUCAAAAUUCCAGAGCCCAGCCAUUCUGUCCAUGAUUGCAGCUGUCCAUUUCAUCGUGCUGAUAAGUGGAGAUCUUCUUUACCUCCUGGUGAACCCCGCUGUGAAUGUGGUCCUACAUGUCUUUUCUGUUUCAUGGGCUUCUUUUCUGAUCACUGCCUUCUUCCUCAGCUACCGCAAGCUCAAGAGUCGCUCUGAAGCCGCCAUGCAGCAGAUUCAGAAACCAGUCACCCAUAAUGAAGAAUCACUUGACCAUCAGAAUCAGGGGAGAACAUUAAAGCAACUUUUAAUCUCCACAAGGGUUAUGGCAAUAAGUGCUGUUUUUGGGUUCCUUUGUUGUGCUCUGCAUGUCUAUGCCACUUUAUGGAAUUAUGGACUAUUGGGAGAGAAGGGCCGGUUCUAUUGGGCGUGGUGGUUCCUUCAGUUUUGGUAUCGAUGUUUUGAGAUUGCUAUGGCCUUUUCCAUGAGUUUUGUGGCCUCGUAUGCAUUCUGCCAGCAACAUGCAAGGCCUGACCACACCUGUUGGAGGAAGAUUGUUCAAUAUUUCCACCACUACAGGAAAAAUGAGGUGCCAGAGUACCCGAACAAUUGCUUUGACUGGUCUUCUGGGACCCAGGACAGGAUAGCCAGCAAUGACAUCUGCAAGAACCUUCUAAGUAAGCAGCCUGAGUGCAUGCCUCUUAAAGCAAUGAAUGGAACUAAUGAAGCAAAACCUGCCAAGAGUUACUACAGCAACAAUGGUUCAAUUAUCUCGCUGGAUCACAGGCCCAGAAUACCAGUUCUGGGGCCCAAAUCUCACAAUCUAUUGAUAGGCCGCUCAUUUACCAGCAUCUGCAUUGAGAAGGAGUCGGCUAUGUCUCUCAAUGAGUUUGACCUGCGUCCGCCUUCACCCAUCAACCUCAGCCGAAGCAUUGACGAAGCACUUUUCAGAGAACACAUUGUCAGAGACAGCCUGUUUAAUAGUUCUGGUCUUCGAUAUCCCAGCCGCCUAGCCGUAGAAGACUCCCGCUCUUCUUUGAGAGUGCACAAAGCGUCUGAUCAGGGUAAUAUUACAGUGGUUCCACUGGAUUUCAGGCGUCGCAGUAGUGACCCCGACUAUUUGUACAGCGUGGCCAAAAGCGACUCGCUAACCAAUAACCAAAUGAAUACAUCAAAACAGUCAGUCCAGGAUCUCAACAGCAAUCAAGCCUCCAGCAGACUGCACAGGUCAGCGUCUGGAAGUUCCUUAGACAGUAUUUCCAGGACAUCCUUUGGAAUCCACUGGUACACAUGGACACGUGAGCGUUCUUCAGAGGAGAGUGUCCCCUCUGCUGAACCAGCUAGUGAGAGUCUUCUCUCACAAGACAAGAGUUUGGACAAUCCUGAUGUAAAAUUGAACACCGAAGACCCUGAUCUCGAAGCACAAAAGAGCUUCAUAGAGAUCAGAGUGAUUGAUGACGUCAGUCUUUCCAGUGAUACUAUUGAACUCUAAUACUCGGAUGUGGAUCUGAUUUCUUUAAUAACAUAGGAGGAAAGGAGCAGAUCUGCUUGAAGAUAAGGUAACUGGCAUUAUCAGUAACAAAAGGCUCAUGAUUACCAUCACUGACUGAAAGAUGUGCAGGGAGGAGCAGCCAAGACUUCAUCCUUAUUCUAUGAAAUGUGACUAAUUUCAAUGUGUGGUUGUGAAACCGAUUAUUUACAUGAUGGUACCAAAUCUUUUUCUCUGAUUUAUUAAUGUACCACCUUUCAAAACUCACUUUGCCUCAACUAUAGUUCACACUCACAACAAACAGUGUGAUGUUUGCAGUCCAACAAGCAGGGCUGAGAAUAAUGCCAACCUUAAAAACAUGGUGAAACUAGGUUACUUACUAGGUGAUUUUUGAUGGUACUUAAUAGGUAGUAUUAAUUUUUGAGUUGAAAACCAAACUAAUUCCAUGUUCUUCUGAUAAUGAAUAUGUUCUGUAAACAUUUAGCACUUUAUCGAUUUGUCUCAGAGAGAUCAAUAUGCCAGAUUUCCUAUGGAUGCGACAACAUUGCCCAGGGAACACAUCAAGCGUCUAACCCAUUUGCCAUCAGUCACCUAACGUAUAAGUUUCUGUAGUGUGGACCUCACCAUUAACCCUUUCCAUGAAGAAUAUUGUUUGAGGAGCAAGAAUGUGUAUUAAAACAGAACCCUAGAGUGAGACAGCAUGGAAGGAGGAUCUUUAGCCCAUUGUGCCCAGAUGGUGCCAGAGGCAAGAGAGAGAGAAAGCGAGUGAGAGGCAGAGAGCAAAUGAGGUAGAGCGAGAAAGGCAGAAAGAAACUCUAGUAGUUUUACACUAACUGGAAUCGGAAUCCAUUCCAUUUCCAACUGGUGGAUUUCAGAACCAAAUAGAAACAGCUACAAAUCUUUGCUUCUAAGCAAUUAAAUGUACUCUUUGAAGGGAUCACCAGCUGUUACCCAGUUUGCAAUCCAUUGUUUACUUAGCUUUCUUAUAUUCAGCUGUGGUUAAUUUGCUCGAAGAAAAUCCGAAAUGAAUCUUCUAAGUCUGUUUUCACAGAUGAAAUUGAGUUGGAAAUGUCAGUCAUUUGAGUUUUACACAUCCAGUGAAUUCUUUUCAGUUCCCAUCCAUCAUCAUUUUUAAUCUUGUAUGGAUGGGGCCUCCUUCUCGCAAAUUCUUGCCUUCGUUACAUAAAGUCAAUGGCAGAGCACUUCUUGACCUCUGUCUUGUCAAUGAUUUGGCAAGUUUUCCCUUGCUUGUUCACAUCCAGCUUUUAUGAAAUGGCUUGAACUAAGAAUCCAUUGUGCCAUAAUGUAGCAUGUUGUGAAGAGAUUGAGAAAGUGUGUGGGGUGAGAAAGCAGGAUGAGAACGAACCAGAAAAGAACAUCAGAAGCCAAUCACGGACAUAUAUCCAACAGUUUUAUUUGUCGAAAGUGAGCUCACCCACAUUAUAUCAUGUAAUUUGGACCGAGAUGGAAUGUAUUUUAAUAGAUUCUAUUCACAUUCAGCGUUCUACUUUGUGAUUCACUUAAUUUGAACUUGAAGUAAAAGAUGUUGGACACGAAAUUCAACCUGCCCGGCUGAUUGGAUUAUGGGAUAGGAGCUCUCCUAAGGAUUGUAUUGAGUGUUUUUUGCUUUGUUCAGGAUCAGUGAGGUGUCUUGCUAUGGCUUGUUCCAGCUACCUACCUCUCUGCAUCUGUGACUAUUGAUACUAAUUAGCUCCAAGCGCGGGAAACGUCCCUGUUGCUAUCCAUGGUUCCCUAUAAAAUACAGACAAUCAAGUUGAAGAGACAAUCAUCUCUAAACAUUGCUGCAUUAUUUGAGUAUCAGAGUGUACAAUAUCCACAAAUGUGACUCACGUUUAUAAAAAAUAGAAAUAGAUUUACAAUUGCAUUGCUGCAGAAUCUAUAAGAUCAACGAAUAGAGACAAUCACUUCAGAUCUACGUUCGUGCUGCCUAAUGCCAUUCACAGAGGGAGAGGUGAUAAGAGGAUGUCUGCAGGAACCGAUACCUGUAGGAGCUGAUGAAUAACUGUACUGCUCCACAGAUUUCUUCGAGGAAGAUUGAAGACUUUUCUCCAGCCUUCCCUUGAAAAUGAACAUGGAUGGAGGACUUAAGAGAGGACAGCAUAAGAAAGCUUUAUUAGCAACAAUGACUUGUUUUCAAAUAUACUUUCAUAGUUUUAAACAAAAAUGACAUUUGCAAGAAUCCCAAUCACUGGGAAGACCUUAGUUACAGUGUUUUCAAAAAAGCAAUAUCAUAGCUUGCAACCACAGCCUUGUAAAAAAAAUGCUGCUUACCAUUUGCUUACCUUUGAAAUACAGUAUUAUAUUUAAUAUGAUCAGAUGGCUCCAUCUUUUACAUACACCGGUGCAGCAUAAUGGAUGGUUUAUUGGAGAAGCAACUUCUUUUCUGAAGGCUUCCUUGAACGGACCUCUGAAAAUGCACUGUUUGCAGAGAACAUAAACUUGCACUCACUUUAACACCACUACAGAGGGAGUUGUUUGCUAGACUCUGACCUUCAUAGUUGCAGUAUACAUGCCACUAAUACCGUGCCAACAUCAGCAGUUGGAAGUGAACAGCGAUGUCAGCAGCAGAAGCUGCAGAAAAUUGUUCCAUUUGUCUGUCUGCGAUGCAAGAGGAAUAAAUUGUCAUUGAGUGUGUUAUUCAGGGGAGGUGGUAAUGUGUAUGCAUGGAAGAAAGUGCAUGAAUAUGUGUAGCUGUAUGGGGAACAAUGAGUGCAUGGUUGUGAAUUAACGGGGAAUUUAAACAGAAAAUGCCAGAGCAAUCAACAGGUCAGACAGCAUUUAUGAAGCGAGAAACAAAAUUAACGUCUGUUUCUGUCAUGAAAAGAAGAUGGCACAGUGUUGCAGGUGAUAAUGGUGUACAGCUCCCACAAUCCAGGUUCAAUCCUGACCUCCAGUGCUGCCUGUGUGGAGUUUGCUUGUUCUCCCUGUGACAUUGUGGGUUUUCCUGGUUACUCCAUUUUCCUCCCACUUCUCAAAGGCACGCUGGUAGGUGAAUUGGCUACUGUUAAUUACCCCUGUAUAGUGUAGAUGAGUGACAGGAGAAUCAGGGAAGGAGUUGAUGGAAAUGUGAGAGUGAAUAGAUUACUGGGACGUAAGUGAGGGAAUGAGACUGAUGGGGGUGCUCUGAUUUGAUUGGCUGUAUGGCCUCCCACUAUGCUGGAAAGAAAUGUGACAAGAACGUGCUGACCUGAAAUGCCAAAUUUCUCCCUCCGUAGAUGCUGUCUGCCUUGCUGGAUAUUUCCAACGUUUACUGCUUUAUUUCGGAUUCACUGUAUUUUACUUUGGAAUUAACAGGGAGAUGGAUGUUGGUGAUGGGGUGAGAGUGAUUGACUUGAUAGGUUGGUGAUAAUAUGGGUGGCAUGCAUAUUAAAGUGAAGGGGAUGGGGAGAAUAUGCAUGCAUGAAGCCUUUAUAUUUGGGGUUUGGUUGUAUUUGGAAGAGGAGGGAAGAAGCAACUGCUUGCAGUAUCUUUUUGGAACUGCAGGUUUUGCUUUUGCAAGCUUAAUAAUAUUUUGUGAUAUUCAAAUGUAUAAGACUUAAAAAUGUACCUAACAAACCAAUGGCCUCUGAGUUAGUUACUGUUGUUGAGUACUAUUGUUUGUGAAUAUUUCUUCUGUAUAUUCUCAUGGGCGUCCUUACAAUUGGCAUGCUGAGUUUAUUAAGACUUGAUAGUGUCUAUAGAUAAAAUACUUCAGUGUCUUGAUGGUUAAUCCAGUGAGCAUUUUUUGAAGUCUAUUGAAGAUAUUCAUGAAGAUAAUAGAUGAGAAUUGUCAAACACAAAUCAAUAAUGCCAUUGCCUUGUAGCAGAACUCCUUUUUAUGAAGACCAGUUACUUAAGGAGCCUGCCCUUUUCCAGUUCCUAUUCCAAAAGGAUAAUGUUUUCGUGGAAAGAAAGGCCACCAUUUUAUUUUCAUUGUUCCCAUUUCAGCCUUUUGGCCAAACUGACCAAGAAGACCUUAAUCUCUUGUAUACCAAUUUAUGGCUUUCGAUUGCAUAAAAUACUGCAGGUAAAUUAAAGAUGCAGUAUCUUUGUGUUUCCUUUUCUUUAAGCUUAAUGCUCACAGAUUUGACUGAUGGACAUUGCUGGUAGCUCCCAAUUUGGGACUAAGGCAAGUAUCACAGAUGGCUGUCAAUCUGUUACUCAUUGCAAACAGACCCCAUUCAUAGACUGGGAGCCACACUAUGCAUGACUGCCAUUAUAGACAAUAUUGACAUUUAAACUGACAGGGUGGUGAUCUGGAUUCCUGAAGCUCCAUUAAAGAGGGACUAUUGACUUGCAAUUGUCUAAAGUGUUUAAUUAUACUAGCACAAAUGUUGUAUAUUUUGAUGCCUUGCUGAUGGCAUUCCUGUGCGUGGCAUUCUGUGCGAUACACUUUGUACAGCUAAAGCACAGUGGUCAUUGUCAAAAUCUCCUGUAAUGAUUCUAUAUUGCCUUUGUUGUUUUAUAGCAA